CAGAUUGCAUGACAGCUAUGGCGAGGAUUGGACAGGCGGUUAGGGCGCAAGAACAGUGGGCCAUGAAAUUCAUGGAUUCGUCGCCAAUCGGAAAGGUUGAGGUGAGUUCCCUCCCAUUCGGUGAAUACGAUGAAUGUAUAGAAAUUGAGAGCACCUACCAAUGGGAUCAACCUACCAUUACGGGCCAGUACUGUGCUCUGGGUAUUCCCACACCAAUGAUUCCGGCCAGUGAUGCCCACACACCUGAGGAUAAUAAACGCAAUGAUGACAUGCUUUUAAAUUAUUUGAAACAAAGGCUUAACUCAAGUGAAGAAAAUUCUUUAGAAAAGCGGUUAAACAAUGAAACGGACGGCCAUUUCGUGGAAGGGCUGCUCAGAUAUAUUGAAUACUUAGGUCACGACAACAUACGAUUACCGCCCGGUAUUUGUCUGCCAAAUGUCUGUAGUGCUAAGGAUGCCGAGUGGGCUAUCAAUAAAAAAAAGCCAACACCUGAUGGCAAACCAUUGUCACCAGAUUUUUUUGUCUACCUAGAAAAAGCCAACACCUGA